CUGAGCUAAAUAUGGCAGAGCUAAUGGGUACGCCCAUACUUGGGAUGGGGGGGCCAGAACGGAGCUGUAAACAGGGUGCUGUCUCCAGUCUCCUUUCCGUACCCUGCCCAGUCCUGGCUUCUGUGUCCAGCCCCCUGGCACUGGGUGGUACCCAGCAAGCCAGCUGGCAUCCAGGAUUUGUUUCAAUGAUGUCUCAUGGAGAAUAUGGAGGGGCUGGCACCAGGACUGUCCUUGGCUUUGCCUCAGGGUGUGAACAGGGUCAGUGACCUCAAGGCUAACCUGCCUCUCAGUUCUGAAUCCAGACAGAAUCAAUCCUUGGCAGUCUCGGUCCACCCUCCCUGCCCUGGAAGCCAGGGAAGGUUGGAGGUGCUAGGGGGUCAGGUUCCUCUCUCUGACCCCUGCAGCUGUUGCAGUGACUCAUGUUCCAACCUGGCUGCCUCUCCCAAGGAGACUUUCCCCUGGGGACAGGCGGGAGGGGAGGGCACAGAGGAGGCCCCAAUCAAGCAGGGCCAGGAACCCACCGUGGUGAGGUGUCCGGACGCACCCUGAUCGACAUUGGUUCCGGCCCCACCGUGUACCAGCUGCUCAGCGCCUGCAGCCACUUUGAAGACAUCACCAUGACAGAUUUCCUGGAGGUCAACCGCCAGGAGCUGGGGCGCUGGCUGCGGGAGGAACCCGGGGCCUUCAACUGGAGUGUGUACAGCCAGCAUGCCUGCCUCAUUGAGGGCAAGGGGGAAUCCUGGCAAGAGAAGGAGCGCCAGCUGCGAGCCAGAGUGAAGCGAGUCCUGCCCAUUGAUGUGCACCAGCUCCAGCCCCUGGGUGCUGGGAGCCCAGCACCUCUGCCUGCCGAUGCCCUGGUCUCUGCCUUCUGCUUGGAGGCUGUAAGCCCAGAUCUUGCCAGCUUCCAGCGGGCCCUGGACCACAUCACCACACUGCUGAGGCCUGGGGGGCACCUCCUCCUCAUUGGGGCCCUGGAGGAGUCGUGGUACCUGGCUGGGGAGGCCAGGCUGACGGUGGUGCCAGUGUCUGAGGAGGAGGUGAGAGAGGCCCUGGAGCGUAGUGGCUACGAAGUCCGGGACCUCCGCACCUACAUCAUGCCUGCCCGCCUUCAGACAGGCGUAGAUGACGUCAAGGGCAUCUUUUUUGCCUGGGCUCAGAAGAAGGUAGGGCUGUGAGGGCCCAGCGU